CUGGCCGCUUUGCGCCUCCCGCGACCGUUAGACUGAGCGACUGGCUGGCUCCUCGCCCCGUCUGAAGCCCUCGCCGACGAGUCGGUGCCCGGCCCCGCCCCCCGUCGUCCCGGCCACCGCCUGCCUGCAAUGGGGAGGAUGCCGCGCGCGGCCCUGGUCCAACCCUCCGCCACGUCCUCGCGCCGCUUCUGCGGGAGCUCGCCGCUGCGGCCUUCGCGCGCGUCGGCGCUGCGGAGAGUGGCGGCGGUGCUCCUGCUUGCCGCCGCGGUAGCGCUGCCCUGCGCCGUGCUGUACCGCGCCGCCGUGGAUGCUACGGCGCCGGUGUACAUCCCGCGGGCGCGCCGGCCCUUGUUGCAGUGGGACCCGCCGCCGCUUCCUCCGGUUGAGGUCCCCGCGGAGGACGACGACGCCGAUCCCUUCCCCACCGACGAUCUGGUCAGUGAAGAUCUCAGACUAGAGCUGGUUCUGCAGGAGGCUUCUAUGGACAAUAAGACCGUAAUAUUGACGACCCUCAAUGCUGCAUGGGCUUCACCAGGCUCAGUGAUAGACCUUUUCAUUGACAGUUUCCGUAGUGGUGUUGGUACUAGCUCACUUUUGAGACAUCUUGUGAUAGUAGCAUUUGAUUGGAAGGCAUAUAAACGAUGUGUCAAGAUCCAUCCCUACUGCUUUGCUCUUACAACUGAAGAUGUGGAUUUUUCUGAAGAGAAGAGGUUUCAGACCUCUGGGUAUCUUGAAAUGAUGUGGAAAAGGCUGGAUUUCUUACGGCUAGUGCUUGAAAAAGGUUACAGCUUCGUUUUCUCGGAUGCUCAUAUCAUGUGGUUCCGCAAUCCUUUUCCAUUCUUUUAUUCUGAUGGAGACUUCCAGAUUGCAUGUGAUCACUAUGUGGGUAAUGCAACGGACUUGAGGAACAUAGCCAAUGGAGGAUUCAACUAUGUGAAGUCAAAUGAUCAAAGCAUAGAGUUUUACAAGUUUUGGUAUUCUUCUCGAUUUAGUUAUCCUGGGUACCAUGAUCAGGACGUGUUUAAUUUUAUAAAGCAUGAUCCUUACACUACAGAUAUUGGUCUGACAAUUAAGUUCUUAAGUACAUCGUACUUUGGUGGCAUUUGUGAGCCAAGCAGAGAUUUAAACAAGGUUUGCACCAUGCAUGCAAACUGCUGUAUUGGACUGCAGAGCAAAAUUCAUGACCUGAGAAUCAUGAUGGAAGACUGGAGGAACUAUAUGUCGAUGCCACCAAGCCUAAAAAGUUUUGGAGCAUUGUCAUGGAGGGUACCACAAAAUUGCAGCCUGUCGUUAUUAAGCCCAUGAGGCAUGCUUGUGGAGUUGAAACAGUUCACUGCUGCAAAACAUGUCAACAUUUUAGUGUAUGCUUACGGAAGGAAGAAAGGAAAUACUUCAAAGGAAAAGCUGGAGCCUGAUCAAUAUCAUUGCUUCCAACUUCAUACCUUUGACUACUGGUGUUCAUCUCAUCUUUGGAAAAUCAACCUUGGCAUAUAUGUGAAUAUUUCAAAUUGCAUCAAGUGGUAGGUGUUUUACCUGUAUAGUAAGCAGCGGCAAGAGGCAAGUUGCCCAACAAAAGUGAAGCAAGCUGUUCAAGGGGUUUUGACUUCCGAGCAUGGGACAAGUGACAGCCCACCUGUUAUUGGCAUGAUCCCAUAGUCACCGUUUUCCAGGUGAGGGUGUCUCUCAUGUUGAUAGUCAGAAAAUUUGAUAUAUGAAGCGAUUGGUCGUCAAGUGGUCACAGUUUUGGGCAUUACUUGACGUGAACAAUUUCAUGGAGACAUAUCGACUUAUUCUUCAAUUUACUUCUGGUGUGGAAAAUGAGAAGAAUGAAAUUUGAACAUUCAAUUAAACUAAUUUGAGUGGCAAACAUAAAAACUCCCCCAAGUCUUUUGGAUGAUCGUCUCCUGGAUGUUUCAGCCAUGUGCUACAGACGCUGCAGUCCCUAGUGUUGCUAUUCAUAUGAGUAGAAAAGAUAAAAUCGCCCUCCCAUGCCACCCACUUAAGGCAAAUCUUAUCUUAUCUGAAGACCAGUGUCUUUAUCCAAGACGCCCGCACGCUUUGCCAGUCCUAAUCACCAUGGAUCUAAAGUUGCAGCACCCACUGCCUUUUCUCAAAGCUCGGCCAAUCUACACAUCUAUUGAUUCUAUCCUGAAGAUGAGGAGUUCAUCCCUCCUUACUUCAAAUUCUUCUGCAAACUGGAACAAAAGAAUUGUUUUGACCAUUCAUUCCGUGCAGCGAUUCUGAUUCGGUGAAGCCGGGCAGCUCCCGGCUUUGAGCUCGUGCUA